UGUGACCAAUAUGUCAUCAUGGAAGAUUAGAAACGAUUUUGCAGACUUCAUUAGCAUGUGGAUAGUGAUUUGAGACGCGAAUCGGAAGGUACAGAUCGUGGGAUCUCUUGGCGUACAUCAUUGCUCAGGAACAAGGGUCCCGGUUCCGCAUCGCUCUAACCCCGAUGACACUUGCCACUUGCGCGGCUCAGUAGUCCUCCACUUGGGUACCUCUUUACACAUCCACUCCAGUACGACUGAGCAUACCACAACUCUAUCCGAGUCCUCUCGUCGUCUCAACAUGUCUGCACGACCAGCAACGCCACCAAGAGCGACUCGCUCAGCGGGCAAGCUGCCGCCGAAUCCGCCCACUCCAGAGCAGAUCAGGCGCAUGGAAGAGGCUCGGCUUAGGGCAAAGGCGGCUGCGCAACAGGCGCAAGCAUCAAAACCUUCACCAGCGCCGGUCGCAGGCACGAAGCGCACAUACUCGUCCAUAACCGCCGCGCAAACUCCAGCGACCCUUCGCAAUGCGGCUGCAGCAUCUCCUCAGAAGCGCGACCAAAAUGGCUUCAUACAGCCACCCUCGAACGAUUACAUCCAGCCGGCGAAGAAGUACGCGAGGUCAGACUUCAUCGACUACGACUUCAGUAAAAUGACAGACACAAAGGGUGGCUUCUUGAGUACCGUAGACGACCCGCACAAUAAGGCUAUGCGGAAAGGGCAACAGAAUGAGGAACAGAAGCCAGAGGGUGUAUCAAUGGCAGAGUGGGAAAGAGAGCGCAUAAGACGGAAGCUCCGUGCCAACCGGGCCGGACCUUAUGAGCCAGGUAUCUCUAUCUUGGACACAGUCAAUGGCAAAGAAGAAGAGGACGAGGAAGCCGCGCUGCUCGAAGCUGCUGAGAACGCCGAAAUCGAAAGCGGUACAUUCAAAGGCAAAUACGGCGACGGCAAGCGUGACGUCAAGGGCAAAUGUCGAGAAUGCACUAGCCUGGAGAUCGACUGGAAAUGGCAGGACAUAUUCGGCAUCGGCAUAUGCAGUAUCUGUAGGGAGAAACUCCCAGACAAAUACUCACUCCUCACGAAAACCGAAGCGCGAGACGACUACCUCCUGACCGACCCCGAACUUAAAGACGAAGAACUCCUCCCCCAUCUCGAACGACCAAACCCGCACAAACAAUUCUUCCAUCCCAUGCAACUGUUCUUACGACUGCAGGUCGAAGCCUAUGCCUUCAGCCCACAGAAAUGGGGUUCAGCAGAAGCGUUAGAUGAAGAGUAUGCGAAGAGGCAGGUCGUGAGUAAGGAGCGCAAGCAAAAGAAGUUCAAGAACAAGCUCGAAGACCUGAAGAAAAGGACGAGAGUGGAAGCCUAUAAGCGGGCGCAAUUAGCAGGCGAUAGCGGUGAUGCGCAAUUCGGACAGAAGAUAAAGGGCAGGUAUGAUAGACACGAGCAUGAAUGGGGCAGGAGCGUGCUUGACCCUGAGACAGGGAUGACGAAGAAGAGGUGUGAGGAGUGCGGGAUGGAAGUGGAGGAGUUGGAGUUUUAGAUAGUCUGAUGAUACCCAUAUAUGUUCGCUUUCUUCACUAGAUAACGCGUUUGAUCUUCCUCUUGAACUGGGUGCUCAACCUUUCUGGGUACAGUAACCACGCUUAAGCUGGAUUGUGUCUAGCGCGCAUUUCGGGCUUCGCAGCCUAUCACUGUCCCUCAGCGCUAGCCCCAUUGCCCCUCCUUCUGCUCUUAACGCACCAUGUCUCCGUCUCCACCGCAUCCCUGUUCCCCAUUUCGACCACCGCCGCUUAUUCUCCAUGUCGCUAUGAUUAUAUUAUUUUAUUUUGUCCCAUUACUCAUCGAAACAACUCACGGGCCGGUAACUCAGUGGUAGAGUGUAGGACUGCAGUUGACC